AUGUCGUCGUCAAUGCACCUUUCUAAAAUGCGAAAGUGGUUCGCUUCAUCGCCGCCAGUUGAAUGGGGAAUCGGAUACCUUCGGGAGCUGCUGAUCGGAGCAAUAAAGCAAGGACCUAUCCCGCAACAUGUGGCGUUCGUGAUGGAUGGUAAUAGGCGGUUUGCGAGGAACCAUGCUAUAGAGAGAGUGGAGGGACAUAAUCUAGGGUUUGAAGCGUUGGCCAAGAUACUAGAAGUUUGCUACAAGGCCGGCGUCAAAGUUGUAACGAUAUACGCGUUCAGCAUUGAGAACUUUAAGCGCUCAAAGUUCGAGGUGGAUGCCUUGAUGGAGAUGGCGAAGGUGAAAUUAUCUCAGUUGUCGCAACACGGAGAUCUGCUCGAUAGAUAUGGUGCGAGUGUCCGGGUCUUGGGUAGAAGAGAGCUGGUGAAGGCGGAUGUGUUGGAAGCCAUUGAUCGCGCCGUCGAAGUCACGAGUCGGAACGGCGAUGCGAUUCUCAACAUUUGCUUUCCGUAUACUUCCAGAGACGAAAUCACGUCUGCUAUACGCAAUACGGUGAUUGAUUAUAGUACGCCGCUGGACCGCUCCUCGUCGACUGGAGCGAAACGACAAUUCUCAAAGUCUCGGAUUGCUCAAACUAUCCGAGAACAGACACCAAGCGCAGAACCGAACUAUACAGAAAUGAAUCUGACGGGUGAGGAAGCUGACGCUGUUGCACAAGAUGCUGAAUCACCGUCCUCAUUUUCUUCGACAACUACCUUGCAACAAUUACCGACGGUAACAAAGCCAGCUACCGUCUCAGGACCCUACACCUCAUACCCUCCAAACAGUGACCAGUUGAUAUUCCUCUCUCCGGAAACUAUUUCCACCCAAACCCUCGAAGAACACAUGCUCACUGCAGGCAGCCCACCACUUGACGUCUUGGUUCGGACUCCAGGAGUGGAGCGCUUGAGUGACUUUAUGCUCUGGCAGUGUUCACCAGGACACCGAGAUCAUAUUUUUAGGAUACGCUUUGGCCGUCAUUCGGACUCCUGGGGAUUUCCUACCAGUCAUUUGGGGAGUGGCAAUGGCGCGUUCCGGAAGCAGGGUCGGAGACUCGGUGAUGAUAAUUUCUCGGAAAUUAUAUACCCAUUCCGUUAUCGACGCAAUCUCGCUAUGCUGACUCAUCUCUCUGUUGCGGUGAAGAUAAGAGCGAGGGGAAAUUAUCAACAAAGUGGGGGACAGCUGGAUCUGCAAUUCUCAACAUCUUCCAUUCAAUUGCUGUUCAAUAUAGUAACUGUUCUAUCUCCGACCGCUGGUUCAAUUGCAAACAAAACAUGCCUCAGUCUUACGAAGGUCGCAAGGUGCUGCUUCACCAAACCGACGGUCGAGAUCCUUAGCGAUGCCGGCAUCCAGGUCACAGUUGCUUGCCGUACGCUCGAGUCUGCGAAGAAGCUCUGCCAGGGCAUCAAGAACACCAAUCCAAUCUCCCUUGACGUGAACAACAGCGAAGCCCUCGACGCUGAGCUUUCCAAGAACGACCUGGUCGUUUCUCUGAUUCCGUAUACCUACCAUGCCACCGUGAUCAAGGGCGCUAUUCGCACGAAGAAGAAUGUGGUGACGACAUCUUAUGUAUCCCCAGCGAUGCUGGAGCUGGAGAAGGAAGCCAAGGAGGCCGGGAUUACUGUUAUGAAUGAGAUUGGUCUUGACCCAGGUAUUGAUCAUCUUUAUGCUGUCAAAACUAUCUCUGAGGUUGGUUCAUUUCGCAAAGUUCACGCUGCUGGCGGUAAAAUCACCUCCUUUUUGUCAUACUGCGGUGGUCUUCCCGCGCCCGAAUGCUCCAACAAUCCUCUCGGAUAUAAAUUCUCCUGGUCCAGCAGAGGUGUCCUCCUAGCCCUCCGCAAUGACGCGAAGUACUACAAGGAUGGCAAGAUUGAGGCUGUAUCUGGCCCCGAAUUGAUGGGCACAGCCAAACCAUACUUCAUCUACCCAGGCUUCGCCUUUGUUGCAUACCCCAACCGUGACUCAACAAUGUACAAGGAGCGAUACAACAUUCCCGAAGCUCAGACAGUUAUCCGUGGCACCCUCCGCUUCCAAGGUUUCCCAGAAAUGAUCCACGUCCUCGUUGACAUUGGGUUCCUCAGUGACGAGCCUAGAGAUUUCCUCAAGUCCCCCAUUCCCUGGGAAGGAAGCCACCAAGCAAAUUCUCGGUGCUACAUCCACCGACGAGAAGGAUCUUGCAUGGGCCAUCUCCUCCAAGACUCAAUUCCCAUCCACAGAGGAGAAAAACCGCAUCCUUGCCGGUCUUCGCUGGAUUGGCCUAUUCUCCGAUGA